AUGUUCUGCGCAGUGGACACCCUGGAUGGGCUCUUUGCUUGCGCGGGGGCGGUGGCGGGCGUCAUGCAGGGCUCCUGGCGCCUGGGGAUGAAUACUCUUGACGGGUGUCUGGCUUGUGCUGGCGCGGCUGUGGGUGCCGUGCACGGCACGUGGCACCUGGGCAAGGAGGUGGCUCGCUUGUUGGUUGACGAAGUCACAUCCGCUUCUGGUGUGGGGGGAAAGGAUGCUGUCCUUUCCAUUGCCAUUCCCUCUGGUAUGGAAACCAAUCGCAGUUUAAAUGGUGAUGCCGUGCACAAUGAACAGCCCAGCCAUCUAAAUUCAGAACACCUCCCGGGUGUGGGCACUUCAUCGGAUGAGUCCAUUUCACUUUUGGCAGUCAAGGAACAACUUGAAAGCGUUGAGGCUCGUGGAUUUCAUGGGCCCGUGGGCGGGCUGUUUGUGAAUUCGCUAUCUGAAGGAGGGCAAGGAGGUUGGAUAAAUGGAACUGGUUCACUGGAGCAGGAGGUCCCAAACCUGGAGCACACCUCUCCCGCUGAUGUGCACCAGACUAUGGCCAACCCCUCAGUGGAGGAACCAGCCCCAGUGGGGCAGGGGCUCAUCACAGUGGAAGAGUCAGAUGGCACAUCAUUGUCGUCCGAUUCUUUGAACGAUUCUGCCAUGGGAGCGUUUGUGCCCAGGGCGAUCAUGUUGGGGCCGUCUGGGGAAGUGGUGGAAGGCGCGGCUCUGGCAACGUGCCCCAGGGGUUUCAACGUCACUCUCUUGGGGCCGACACCUUCUGUGCUCAGCUCCCACCCCACAUCUGUUGGUUCUCAUGCAGAGUCGACAUCCCCGGAGUUGGACUCUGUGACGAACGAGGCCGUUGCUGAGCUGCGAUCUCACCCAACUUCCGUGGGCACCCACACUGAGUCAAGUUCCCAGCCGGACUCGUCGGGGAGCCCGCCAUCCAUGCUGGAUGGUCUCACUGCCACCAACUCAGGGGGCCCCGGCGUCAAUGGUGGGGAUGACGACGACGUGCCCCAUGCUGGUGAAGCUGGGCCCGUGGGUCGCCCCAGCCCUCGUUGA